AUGCUGGCGCUCUUCAACAAGCUGCUGGACUGGUUCCGGGCGCUGUUCUGGAAGGAGGAGAUGGAGCUGACCCUGGUGGGGCUGCAGUACUCGGGCAAGACCACCUUCGUCAACGUCAUCGCGUCAGGCCAGUUCAAUGAAGACAUGAUCCCAACAGUGGGCUUCAACAUGAGGAAGAUCACCAAGGGGAAUGUUACCAUAAAGCUCUGGGACAUCGGAGGCCAGCCAAGGUUCCGCAGCAUGUGGGAGCGAUACUGCCGUGGCGUCAGUGCCAUCGUGUACAUGGUGGAUGCUGCAGACCAGGAGAAGAUAGAGGCCUCCAAGAAUGAGCUGCACAACCUGCUGGACAAACCACAGCUGCAGGGCAUCCCGGUCCUAGUCCUGGGGAACAAGCGAGACCUGCCUGGUUCCUUGGAUGAGAAGGAGCUCAUUGAGAAGAUGAACCUCUCUGCCAUCCAGGACCGAGAGAUCUGCUGCUACUCCAUCUCCUGCAAAGAGAAGGACAACAUCGACAUCACCCUACAGUGGCUUAUCCAGCACUCGAAGUCCAGGAGAAGCUGA